UGGAAGGUUCGGCGCUGCGCUUCGCGCCGCCUCCUCCGUUUAUAUUUCGAAAAAGUUAACGGUUUACUUCAUAAAACCGACGCAAAGCAAACGGAUUUAACGGGGAGGGGGGAAAAAAGCGAGGGAUAAAAUCAAAACAAGAACCGCCGUCGAGAAAGGGAAUAUCCCCGACUGAGAAAUGUCGAGAAACCUGAGGUAAAACAUGUGUUUAACGGGGCGGUGAUCGAUAAUACCUGACGAGGAAGGGCACGGCUGUGUGUUGUGGUGGCGGGCGGCCGCUUCUGAGCCAAUCGGGACGCGGCAUCGGAGGCUCCGCGAAGCUGCGAUGGCGCCUGUGAAGCUUUGUAUCCCAGGAGAGAGGCUGUGCAGCAUAGAGGACAGCACUCCUGGUGAUGGCACAUACUCCAGGCAUGGAUACAUUUUUGCAUCUUUAGCUGGAUAUGUGAUGAAGAGAAAUGAUAAUGGAAUGGUGCCUGUCAUAUCAGUGGUUCGGGACACAGAGCCCCAGCUCCUGCCAGAAGUUGGUGUUGUUGUAACAUGUAAGGUUACUAGUAUUAACCCACGAUUUGCUAAAGUUCACAUUUUAUAUGUACGAUCUACUCCACUGAAAGGGGCUUUCAGAGGAACUAUCAGGAGAGAAGACAUCCGAGCAACAGAAAAGGACAAGAUCGAGGUCUACAAAUGCUUCAGACCUGGCGACAUUGUUUUAGCAAAAGUGAUCUCCCUGGGUGACGCUCAGUCCAACUACCUGUUGACGACAGCAGAGAAUGAACUAGGAGUGGUUGUCGCACACAGUGAGGCAGGUGCACAGAUGGUCCCCAUCAGCUGGUGUGAGAUGCAGUGUCCCAAAUCACAUGGGAAAGAGUUCCGUAAAGUAGCUCGAGUGCAGCCAGAAUUCCUCCACACCUGAGGCCAGUCACCAACAACAUAUUGCGGAGGAGCCUUCUAAUGAAUGCAGUUUGUAUUCAGAUGGCAUCAAUGGACAGAUGACUCCUGGAGCCAGAUGUACAAACUGCAGGACCCAGGCCAGUUGGGAACUGAUGCCAGGGCAAAUAUCAUCUUUUAUUCUCAGGAUACUAAGUAAAGUUACAAUUCUUCUACUUUUUUAAAAAUAAAUAAAUAAAUAUUUUACUUUACUACAAUUCUUUACCUUUUUCCAAAUGUGUCACUUGCAAGUUAUCUUUCUCUGUGUAUCUACCUCUUAUCACACUUUGGCACCAUGUUCUGCUACUAAGCUUUUGUCAGUGUCAGCAGGAGACAGAACAUAGCCAAGGCACAUACUCCUUCAGAUCUUGCACAUACUUGUAUCUGCGACAGUAUUUGCUUGUCAUGACCCUGAUCAGGAGAAAUGUGGGAAUCGAAAACCUUCAUCUCCCUCACCCCAUAGUUGUAAAGUUGGUGUUGAUUGUAAAAUAUUUUGGGAUGUUCUGUGAAUAGAGUAACAGGCUGUGUAAUUGUUGGGGGCCCUAAACUUCCUAAGAGACCUUCUUCACUUCAUCUCUGUUCUUAUUCAAACCUAAUCCAAAAUGAAUGUGUAACAGUACAUUCUUUGAUCGCAAAUCUCUAGUGAGCAGAGCUUCCAGAGGGAACCCAUUAAUCCCAACAGAUUCAUUGUGACACACUUGAGAGGCACAGUAGCUUAGUGGUUAAGGGAAUAACAUCCAGAGGCAUGACCCAGAGAUAAGGGUUUGAAUCCCACAACAGCAGAGAAUAUAAAUUCAAAUAAUUAAAUAAUUCUAAAAUAACAAGCUAGCCCUAGUCAUGGUGACCAUGAAAAUAUUAAAUUUAAAAAUCAACUAAUGUUCUUCAAGGAAAGAAAUCUGACCUUACCUGGUCUGACCAUGAACAUAGCAAAUCUUUCCUCUACUGCUCCCCUUUCUCUGAUCUUUGCCAAGAUUCAGCUUGACUUCCAGUUCCUAUGGAGGCCUUGCUUAGUGAUCUGAGCUUCAGAUUGUAGGCCUACAUUGGGCUAUCAACACUCAUUGGGAUUCAGUUCCUUGCGUACCAUCUCUUACUGCAGUACAGUUCUUCUAGUAUUGACUCUCAGUGAUACACAGACUUCCUGACAUUGACUCUCACUGAAACACAAUUCUCCCGGUAUUGGCUCCUGUAAGACUUAAUACCUACUGGCUCUGACCCCCACUGGCACAUUCAUGAAACCACAUAUAAAAUGGGACCCUUCAGGAAAACAUCCAACUAUUUGGAUCUCAGCAGCAAAUAAUUUUAGAGUAUCUAAAGGCCACCUCAGGUCUUGUCGACGAUUAGAACUGGACGAUUAGAAGUCAAAGCCUUGGUCCUUGACCACUACGUCCAGUUCUAAUUAUUUCAAAGCCUUGACCACUACGUCCAGUUCUAAUUAUUUCAAAGCCUCAGAAUCUGUCUUUACCUCUCGUUGUCUUGGUGUAGCAGCCAGCAUAGACCCCACCCACCCACCCGGGUCAUUCUCUCUUCUCUCCCAUCGGGUAGAAGAUACAGGAGCCUGAGGGCACGUACCACCAGACUUAAGGACAGCACCUACCCCACUGUGAUAAGACUAUUGAACAGUUCCCUUAUACAAUGGAAUGGACUCUGACCUCACCAUCUACCUUGUUGUGACCUUGCACCUUAUUGCACUGCACUUUCUCUGUAGCUGUGACACUUUGUACUGUUACUGUUUUUACCUGUACUACAUCAAUGCACUCUGUACUAACCCAAUGUAACUGCGCUGUGUAAUGAAUUGACCUGUACGAUCGGUUUGCAAGACAAGUUUUUCACU